AUGGGGGUCGCCGGCGGCAGCGGCUGCGUGGCCAAGGCGGCGGCGGUGGCGGUGGUGGUGCUGUGCAUGGCUCGGUGGUCGGCCGGUGGCAUGGGCGUGAACUGGGGCACGCAGCUGAGCCACCCGCUGCCGGCGAGCACGGUGGUGCGGCUGCUCAAGGACAACGGCUUCGACCGGGUGAAGCUGUUCGACGCCGAGGACGGCAUCCUGGGCGCGCUCAAGGGGUCGGGGAUCCAGGUGAUGGUCGGCAUCCCCAACGACAUGCUCUCCGACCUCGCCGGCAGCACCAAGGCCGCCGAGCGCUGGGUCACGGCCAACGUCUCCAAGCACGUCAACGACGGCGUCGACAUAAGGUUGGUGGCCGUCGGGAACGAGCCGUUCCUGCAGACGUUCAACGGCACGUACCUGAACACGACGUUCCCGGCGAUGCAGAACAUCCAGGCGGCGCUGAUGGCGGCCGGGCUGGGCGGCCAGGUGAAGGUGACGGUGGCGCUGAACGCCGACGUCUACCAGUCGGCGACGGGGAAGCCGUCGGACGGCGACUUCCGUGCGGACAUCCACGGGCUCAUGCUCGACAUCGUGCAGUUCCUGGCGUCCAGCGGCGCGCCGUUCGUGGCCAACGUGUACCCGUUCAUCAGCCUGUACGCGGACCCCAACUUCCCGCUGGACUACGCCUUCUUCCAGGGCUCCACCUCGCCGGUGGUGGACGGCGGCGUGAUGUACCAGAACACCUUCGACGCCAACCACGACACGCUGGUGGCGGCGCUGCGCAGGAACGGGUUCCCCAACGUGACCGUCGUGGUCGGCGAGGUCGGCUGGCCCACGGACGGCGACGCCAACGCCAACCCGGCGUACGCGCAGCGGUUCAACCAGGGCCUCCUGGACCACGUCGCCUCCGGGAAGGGCACGCCGCUGACGCCGGGCGCCCCCGUCGACGCCUACCUCUUCAGCCUGGUCGACGAGGACAGGAAGAGCAUCCAGCCGGGCAACUUCGAGCGCCACUGGGGCAUCUUCUUCUACGACGGGAAGCCCAAGUACCAGCUCAGCCUCCGCGGCAACGGCGGCGGCAUGCUCGUGCCGGCGAGGGGCGUCGAGUACCUCCAGAGGCGGUGGUGCGUGCUCAAGCCCGGCGCCGACCUCGGCGACCAGAAGGUCGGCGACAGCGUCAGCUACGCCUGCGGCAGCGCCGACUGCACCAGCCUCGGGUACAAGACGUCGUGCGGCGGCCUCGACGCCAAGGGCAACGUGUCGUACGCGUUCAACAGCUACUACCAGACCGAGGACCAGGACGACCGGGCCUGCGACUUCCGCGGACUCGCCACCACCACCACCGUCGACCCCUCUACCGGGACGUGCCGGUUCAUCGUCGGGAUCGCCCCGACCAGCGCGGCGACGAGGAACGUCGCCGCCAGGGCAGCGGCCGUCCUCUUCGCGGUGUUGCUCGCGGGCGUGUUCUGA